AUGGCUUUGAUAUCCAAUUGGAAGCUUGCUUUUGUAGCUCUACUAGUGUUAGGAAUCUGGGCUUCUCAAACCGCAUCUCGUGACUUGAACGAAGCAUCAAUGGUCCAGAAACACGAGUACUGGAUGACUCGCUUUGGACGUGUGUACAGAGAUGAUGCAGAGAAGGCAAAGAGGUUCAAAAUAUUCAACGACAAUGUUGAUUAUAUUGAGUCAGUCAACAAGGCAGGAAUUAGGCCUUAUAAGUUGGGCAUCAACGAAUUUGCAGAUUUGACAAAUGAGGAAUUUAGAGCGACUCACAACGGAUACAAAAUGUCUUCUCAUCAGAAGUCAUCAAAAACCAUAUCAUUCAGGUAUGAAAAUAUGACUGCUCCCGCUACCAUGGAUUGGAGAACGAAGGGCGCUGUUACUGGAGUUAAGGACCAAGGGCAGUGUGGAUGUUGUUGGGCAUUUUCUGCUGUUGCUGCUACUGAGGGGAUCAACAAGAUCAAAACAGGUAAGUUAAUAUCUUUAUCUGAGCAAGAACUCGUGGAUUGCGAUACAAGUUCUGAUAUGGGAUGUGAGGGAGGUCUUAUGGAUGAUGCUUUUACGUUCAUCAUCAAGAACCAUGGACUUACUACAGAAUCAAAUUAUCCAUACGAGGGAACUGAUGGCACUUGCAAAACUAGAAAGGAAUCCAACCAUGUUGCCAAGAUUACUGGUUACGAAGAUGUCCCGGCCAACAGUGAAUCUGCUCUGUUGAGUGCUGUUGCUAACCAACCUGUAUCCGUUGCCAUUGAUGCUAGUGGAUCAGAUUUUCAGUUCUACUCUAGCGGUGUUUUUACUGGAGAAUGUGGAACUGAGUUAGAUCAUGGUGUUACAGCAAUCGGAUAUGGGAAAACUAGUGAAGGGACAAAGUAUUGGUUAGUGAAGAACUCGUGGGGGACGAGCUGGGGAGAGAACGGUUAUAUUAGAAUGCAAAGAGGUAUUGAUGCUGCAGAAGGAAUUUGUGGAAUUGCUAUGCAAGCUUCUUAUCCAACUGCUUAA